AUGCUCACAUCCGCCAUCCUGGCCAGUCUGGCCGCACUCGCUCUCGCGACUCUUCCCACCAGUGAGCCCGUUGAGUUCGCAUGUGGCAACGCCCUGCCCAGCAAGCAGUUCCUAGACACAUCCAGCAAGCUACGCGCCGCAGAAUACUCCCUCACCUCUCAAGGCGAGCUCGCCGCAGCGGAAAUCGUCAUUGGCACCCACGUCCACAUCGUUGCGGCAAACAACACGGCAGACAGCGGCUACGCCUCAAUGGACGCCCUGAACAAGGGCUUCGCGAGCAGCGGCAUCAGGUUCGUCCUCGAGUCCCUCGACCACACCAUCAACGCCACCUGGUCCAGCGGCGUCGAGGAAGAAGCGAUGAAGAAGGCCCUCCGCAAGGGCCGCUACCACGACCUCAACCUGUACUUAUCCAAGCAGCCCAUAGGACGCUUCGGCGUCCUGGGCUGCUGCACGCUCCCCCAGUGGGCGCCCCGGGGCUCUGACGCCUUCGACAGCGACGGAUGGGCGCGCGGCUGA